AUGUACAUGAGGCCCUUCCUACUAAACGUUUUCUUUUCAAAGAGAUUUGUCCAUGCCAAAGUGAUGCACCGGGGACAAGCAAAGUAA